AUGCCAGACGCAGCGCCUCGUUUCGGAGCAGCGUCGAGUCGCUGGAGCGUUGCGGAACUCGCUCGGUUUCGAGAAGCGCUCGCGAAACAAGAGUCCAGUGAGCGCAUCAACUGGGCAGAGGUCGUUGCCCAUGUUGGUACGCGGACCAAACGACAGGUAUACCUUCGUUGGUUGCGUGAGCAACGUUCCGCACCAGCACCGACACCGGCAGAGCGAGACGCGUCCACCACGAACUACUUGGGGAGCACGCGACGACGACAACGGCGGCGACACUGGAGUUCAGUUGAACUUACUCGCUUGGCAGAGGCGUGCGAGUUGUUUCGGAGAGCUGAUGGCCUUGUUGAUGUUCAGCGAGUUGCAGCGUACGUUGGAACGCGCUCCCUGCGACAGGUACGUGAUCGUCUCCGCGUACACCUGCCUCGUUAUCCGACGCUGCGGGAUGACGCCUCGUGCGUCGUUGAGGGGGUAACAGCGACAGCAGCUAACACAAGCGCAUCUCCUGGACCCGCUGUGUCGAAGACUUUCUUCUGUACCCGCUGUACUGCAGCGGAAUGGCGAGCGCUUUGUGAAGCACAGUUAUGGACGAGCGCUGCACCGCCAGACUCCGCGACCUGCGAACCAGAGCCUCCACUCGAAACCUUGGAUCCCUACGGUAUAUCACUGGUAACGCUUCUUGGUGCAUUCUACUUUUACGGUGUGGGUAUGGACGCCGCCAAGGCAAGCGACCGCGAAUACCUGUAUCAGCUAAGCGCACAAGGCGGGGCACGAAUCGAUCAAAGCGUCGAAGCAUGGCGUCAGCUGGAAUGGUUUCCAGCAUACCUCUGGGAACUAGGUUACCUUGGACCAGGGACGUGGAUCUGCUUCGGACCAGAAACCGCCUCGGGCGACUUGGCUCAUGGAACGUCCCCGGACGUGGUAGGUAUCGUUCGAGAGGGCGGCAUCGUCGUCCCGCUGCCUGCCGGCGAUGCUGCGGAAUGCUCGCCAGUACCGCAAUACCCGUGGCCUUCGCUGCAGGCGUUUCUGGCUCAUGGACUCGUUCGCUGGUUCAGCUGCAACCAAAGCGCCCGAACGCCCGUACCCCGAGACGAACUAGUGCCGUUCGUGGCCGCAGCACUGAGGCUGGACGGACUGGGUGUGCCGGCGUCCAUGUGGCCCCUGCUGCACUCCAGGCCAAUACGGGCGAAUCCGAUGUGCCGGCCUGUAACCCAGGUGCCGCGCAAACGCACGCUCUAUGGGGCAUCGGUAAGCACACUCGUCAAGCUAGGCGUGCUGCCGUCGCACGGAGACUGUAUCCUGGCUUGUUGCGGUAUCUACGGGUCCAUUCGCGGCUCCUGGAUUUACGGGGCCCCGCUGGGGUUUCAGCGACAGGUCCGCAUGGGCACCAGCCUCGCCGCCUUUAUACAACGAGCUGCGCGAUGGUCCCGUGCAGUCGGCCUGCCAGGGUCAGACGUGCUCACUUUACACGGCUGUUCGUUGCCGAACGCACCGUUACCCGCUGAGCAAAUCAGUGCGUGGAAUCCGAUUCAGACCUCUGCGCCAAGCCUUCCAUCGGGAUGCUUUUUAAAACUGGCAAAAGCGGCACUACAAAGGGCGAAUGCGCCUGCAUCCUCACCCAUGGUGACGAUUUGUCUAGCCGUGCUUCUUGAGGAGCUCGUGAAGGUUCAACUCGAGCAGUCGACGCCAGGGUCAUCACUGCACAGCAUUUGA